AUGGCGGCUGUGUUGUGUGCUAAUGACUUUCUGUUUGCUGUGGGAUACCUGAGCCUGCACCAUGAGGCUUCCAGAAAUCAGGGCCAGAUUAUAGAAACCUGGAUUACCCCUCAUGACACCACUUCUCCUGCUGCUCUCUCUGCUGGGGGCCUCACAUUCUCACACACACCCCGACCCGGGGGUCGCCAUGGGGGUGGUGUUGGGAUCCUUUUACCCUCAAGCUACACAUACCAACUUAUACCUCCAGAACCUUCUCUUACAUUCUCUACAUUUGAGGUCCAUGCAUUACGCCUCUACCAACCUACUAAUCUUCGAGUUGCUGUAAUUUACCAUCCACCUGGCAUUUCCUCCAAAUUCCUUGACAACUUUGCUUCCUGGCUACCUCACUUCCUCUCUUCUGACAUUCCCUCCAUUAUUCUAGGUGAUUUCAACAUCCCUAUCGAUUACCCCACAAAAUCACCUGCCUCUAAACUCCUUAACCUCACCUCUUCACUUGGUCUCUCCCAGUGGACCACCUCACCCUCCCAUGUGAACGGGAGCUCACUGGAUCUGGUUCGACAGUGGAGGAAAUCACGCUCUAAAGCAGACUUCCUCCAUUUCAAAUUCAUACUCUCAUCCUUCAGUACUGCCCUUUCCCUUGCUAAACAAUCAUACUUCAAAAUCCUCAUUUCUACACAGUCUUCCAACCCCCGGCGCCUCUUUGCCACUGUUAACUCCCUCCUCCGCCCACCACCACCUCCUCUCCCUUCCUCAUUGUCUGCUCUUGACUUUGCCACUUAUUUCACAUCCAAGAUUGACUCCAUACGUCAGGAUAUCACUUCCCACCAGACCAGCAACCAGCCACCACCCAUCCCUUGCCACCCCUCCCCUUCCCUCUUACCAACUCUGACAUCUUUCUCCCAUGUAUCUGGCGAGGAAGUCAUGGCCCUCAUCCGUUCCCCCCCCCCCACAACCUCCCCGCUCGACCCUAUCCCCUCCCACCUCCUCCGUUACCUCUCCCCUUCUGCCUGUUCCCAUCUUGCCCACCUUCUCAAUCUCUCCCUUUCAUCAGGCACUGUCCCCUCUGCCUUCAAGCAUGCUCUUGUCUCCCCUAUUCUUAAAAAACCUACCCUUGAUCCUAACACUCUCUCCAACUAUCGACCCAUCUCUCUCCUCCCCUUUGCCUCCAAACUUCUUGAGCGUAUUGUCUAUAAUCGCCUCACUGCCUUUCUUUCCUCUCACUCACUGCUUGACCCAUUCCAGUCUGGUUUCCGUUCUCUCCACUCCACUGAAACUGCCCUCACAAAAGUCUGCAAUGACCUCCAUGCAGCCAAAUCUAAGGGCCACUACUCUCUGCUUAUUCUUCUUGACCUCUCUGCUGCUUUUGACACUGUGGACCAUUUUCUCCUUCUGCAAAUCCUUCACUCUCUUGGUCUGCGUGAUACUGCCCUCUCCUGGCUGUCCUCCUACCUCUCUGAUCGUUCCUUCUCUGUCUCCUCUCAUGAUGCUACCUCCCCCCCACUUCCACUAACUGUUGGUGUCCCCCAAGGCUCUGUUCUUGGUCCUCUCCUUUUCUCUCUCUAUACGUCCUCUUUAGGUGAACUCAUUAGUUCUUUUAACUUCCAAUAUCACCUCUAUGCUGAUGACACUCAAAUCUACCUCUCCUCCCCUGAUCUCUCCACGGCUCUCCUCACUCGUACCUCAAACUGUCUUUCUGCUAUCUCUUCCUGGAUGUCUCAGCGCUUUCUUAAACUCAACAUGUCUAAGACUGAGCUGAUCAUCUUCCCACCCUCCCGCACAGCCUCACCUCCCACAAUCUCAUUAUCCAUUGAUGGCACAACCAUCUCCCCUAGCCCCCAAGUACGCUGUCUUGGCGUAAUCCUUGACUCCUCCCUCUCCUUCAAACCACACAUUCAGCACCUCUCACAAACCUGUCAUUUUCAUCUCAAAAACAUUUCUAGAAUCAGACCUUUUCUCACACAGGAUGCCACUAAGAUCAUUAUUCACUCACUGAUUAUUUCCAGACUAGACUACUGUAAUCUCCUCUUAACUGGCCUCCCUGACAAUCACCUCUCUCCACUCCAAUCUAUCCUCAAUGCUGCUGCCCGGCUCAUCUUCCUCACCAAACGCACUACGUCUACCUCCCCCCUCCUACAGGCCCUCCACUGGCUUCCCUUCCCUUUCAGAAUCCAAUUCAAACUUCUCACACUCACUUACAAAGCCCUCACCCACUCCUCUCCCAUCUACAUCUCUGACCUUAUCUCCCUUUACUCUCCCACCCGUCCUCUUCGCUCUGCUAAUGCACGCCGUCUCUCCUGUCUUCUGAUUACUUCCUCCCACUCCUAUCUCCAAGAUUUUUCACGUGCUGCUCCAUUUCUCUGGAAUUCUUUACCUCUCCCCCUCAGACUCUCCACCUCUCUACAAAACUUCAAACGGGCUCUUAAG